AUGUGGGGUGGCCUGCGACACAUCACUGGCUAUAAAGGGAGAAAUAGCAGUGAUGAUCAGACUGCCGCCUCUCCACCUGAUGACCUCAACACUUUUUACGGAAGGUUUGAGGCAACCAACCCCCUUCCUUCCGCAAGACUGGCCAGGGACGACUGCACUCUGUCCCUGACCGUGGCUGACGUGAGGCGAGAGCUCCAAAGGGUGAACCCUCGGAAGUCAUCCUGGCCCAAUGGAGUUCCAAGCCGCGUCCUCAGGGGGUGCGCCGACCAGCUUGCGGAGAGUAACUCGAGAAGCUCUACUUUGAGAGAGGGAGCCAAAUGGAACACUUCUGUUCCCUAUCUGCUGGGAAACACUCUUGAUGUGCAUUCCAAAGGGAUCAUUUUGAGGGCCUUUAAGCAGUUUGGUCUGAAAUCCUGCAUCAACUUUAUUCCGCAGCAAAAUGAAGAUGACUUCAUCCACAUCCAGAAAUUAGGAGGGUGUUUCUCUUAUGUAGGAAAACUCUUUUCAGGUGGACAGAUUGUUUCCAUUGGGUCUGGCUGCGCAUUUGUUCCCAUUGUGGAACAUGAGCUUCUUCAUGCCCUGGGCUUCUUUCACGAGCAGUCCAGAUAUGACAGAGAUGACCAUGUCACAAUAAUCUGGGAGAACAUCCAAGAAGGGUUUGAGCGCAAUUUUGAUAAAGUAAGUGAGAAAUACUCUAGCCUCCUUAAUACUUCAUAUGACUACACAUCUGUAAUGCACUACGAGGAAGAUGCCUUCAGUAAUGGAAAUGGAUCCACCAUCAUCACAAAGCAACCCGAGUUUCAAGAUGUGAUCGGCAACAGUAUAGAAAUGAGCUCAACAGAUGCACUUGAACUGAACAGGCUCUAUAACUGCGAUGCGUCAGUCUCCUUCCUGGACCACUGCAGCUUUGAAGAUGAGAGCCUGUGUGAGAUGAGUGUCUGCUCCAGGAGUUCAGCUGGAUGGCAGAGAGUGAGCCGAGCUGAUGGAGGUCCCCACUCAGACCACACCUACCUGGGCACUGACUCUCAGGGUCAUGGCUUCUUCAUGCACUUCAGCACUAUAACUGGAGAAGAAUGGGAUUCAGCCAGACUGACCACCAGGAGGAUGACUCCUGGUAGAACAUGCCAGGUCCAGUGCCUUCAGUUCUAUUACUACUACAGUGGGAAUGAAACGGACCAGCUCAACAUCUGGAUGAGAGAGUUUGACAGUGAGGAGGACACAGAAGGAACAAUCAGACUCAUGGGCCAGAUCACAGGUUCCCCAGCUGAGUACUGGAAGCUCCACCAUGUUCCCCUGAACACCACUAAGACCUUCCAGGUGGAGUUUGAUGCCCGCAAAGGAGCAGGGUCGUCCAGCGGUGGCUUUUCCGUGGACGACAUUAACCUGUCAGAGACCGAAUGCCCCCAUCACACAUGGCAAAUCCCGAACUUCGAGGAGGUUUUGAAUACCAGUAAUUAUGGCACCUUCCUCUAUAGCCCAAGGUACUACUCCAUAGAUGGCUAUGGGUAUCAGAUCCUUCUACAAUUGCGGAAGACAUUUUUUGGCGUAUAUGUGCGCUUGGUGUCUGGAGACUAUGACGACACACUCGAGUGGCCGUUGGCAUGGAGGCAGAUUACAGCGCAGAUGCUGGACCAGAAUCCACAGAUGCAGCUGCGCAUGUCCAAGGAGAGGAGUUUGACCACAGACCCAGCACGGAUAUCAGGUGCUUAUAGCCACAGCACUGAUGAGUAAAGAAAAUCAUCUUUUGUUCUGUUGUGAUUAACUUGUCUAUCACACUAGCUGGUGCCCACUUUCAAAGUCAAAUGUUUUAAUGCUUCAUGCAAGUCGAUAUCAGCAGAUGAUUCUUGUUUGUUUACUCUUAAUAAAAUAACGACAAUAAUCCGUUCAUAAUUAUUCAUCAUUACAUCAAUCACAGUAAUUUUGUUUUUGUUUUGUUGUUAAAUCCAGGUGGGAAGUUCGCUUGGGGAAACCCCCGAGAGGUGGGAAGUCUAACCACAGUGG